AUGUCUUCCAUCGAACAGCUUACAACACUCUUGAAUGAAGCAGCAAAGAGUUUACCUGCACAAGGUCCUAUCAAUGACGAGAAGCGAAAUGCGUUCUACGCUGCUUACGAGAAUCUCCGAAACGCGAUUGAAACUCCAAUCGAUGCUGCAGUAAGAGUGCUGUUUGGUGGCUAUGAUGCCGUAGCUCUACGAGUUGCGAUGGACACACAAAUCUUUAAUCAACUUGCAAUGGCCGAGGGCCAGUCAAAGAGCAUCUCUGAGCUGGCCAAGCCGUCCGGUGCAGACCCGCUCUUGCUCAAUCGGUUCAUCCGCGUUUUGGCUGCAAGUGGGCUAGUCAAGGAAACCGGCGAGGGCGAGUAUGCAGCGGUUCCUCUUACCGGGGCAUUUUCGGACAUGUCACCUCUCUCGAAAUCGGCCUUCCAUAUCCUUUCAAAUGCCAAUUCGUUGGCCAAACUCCCACAAUACCUGCAAAAAACGAAUUACCAGAACCCAAACGACAGCUGGGAUGGCCCUUUUCAAUUUGGCGAACCGACGAAUCUGCAAUAUUUUGAGUGGAUAGAACAGGACCCAAAGCACCAAGAGGCAUUCAAUACACACAUGACACUGCAACGAAUAGAGCGUGGCCCCAACUGGUUUGACUUUUAUCCGGUUCAGGAACGCUUGCUAGACACUGACAAAGACACUUCCAAGAAAUUCCUGGUCGACCUGGGUGGUGGUGUUGGUCAUGACCUGGCGGCCUUCACUGAGAAGUAUCCGGACCUUGCUCCAAGGCUCGUUCUCGAGGAUCUCGGUCAUGUUCUGGCAGAUGUUGACAAGCAGGAAUUCAAGCUACACCCCCAAAUCGAGCGAGUGCCAACGGAUCUUUUUAAAGAACAGACUGUCAAGGGCGCAAAGGUGUACUAUCUGCGCACCGUACUUCAUGAUUGGCCGGACAAGCAAGCCAAGCAAAUUCUGAGCAACAUUCACGAAGCAAUGACCGACGACUCGGUCUUGAUUUUGAACGAGAAUGCGCUACCAGACGAAAAUGUCGCUGGAUUCCAGGCCAGGGUUGACAUUCUCAUGAUGUCCAUCUUGUCGGGAAUUGAUCGUACCUAUAAACAGUUCCACACACUUUUGGAAGAGAGUGGAUUUGAGGUUCUUGGGACUUAUCGACCUCAGACACUUUCACCAGGAGCUGGAACGAUUUUCGAGGCUGUCAAAAAGCAUUGA